AUAGAUAUAUGAAAAUCUAUAAGGAUAUAUGUAGCUAGGCAAUAUCUGAAUACGCUGUGAGAAAGCUAAAACAGACAAAAGCCAAAACAAAACCUGAGAGGUGUUCUUGAUAUCAUUGGAUGAUGAAUAUGGGAGAAGAAUCUCAAGGUGGCCCUAGCCAAUUAACUGCAGAGAUGGCUAAAAAUCUCCUUGAGGAAUUUCAUGGAGCGACACCACUCUGGAUUGGGGGUUUGGGAGACCCUGACACCCUGCUGAUCCAAGAGGGUCAAUAUCCACCUCUAAACUUGACUUACACACCAACUCUGGAACAUUUCAACAAAAUUGAAUCCAAAUUACAAGAAGAGAGGCAAAAUCCACCCUAUUCCACAGAGAACACAAAGACCUUAACGACUUAUGAAACUCCUAAAAAUAUUGAAAAACAAAAGGCUAUGAAUUUCCAAAUCUCCAAGAUCAUGAUUGGUGAAUGGACUCACAAGUCAGUCUACCCGGAUGAUCUUAAGGCCAAAUUCUACUUUGCAAAGAAGAGACUUAUGUGGGAGAUUCUUGACGAAGAUUCAAAACUUAAAAGAAAGAUCGAGAUCCAAUGGUCUGAUGUCUUAUCUCUUAGAGCAAGUUAUUCUCCACAAAAUGAAACAGGAAUCCUUGAAGUCGAGUUGGGAAAAUGUCCAACGUUCUUCAUGGAGAUUAAUCCACAGAAAGGAAAACACACUCAAUGGAAACAGUUGGAUCAAGAUUUCACCCUAGGUCAAUCUGCUUCUAAAUACAGGAGACAUACACUUCAUGUUUCCCCUAAAGAUCUAAAAUGGAACUUGGAUAAGCUUGCGUCCGCCGAUAGCUUCUGGUCAAAACUCGCCAAAGUCAAUUUCCCAACGCUACCACAGUCUCUUUACUUCGAUAAUGGAAACAAUAACAACAAUGAUAACAGCAACUUGUCUCCCUACGGACACUGCAGAACACUUGGCUUCAACGGCAAUAGUGGCCUGUGUCAUCAGUAUCCUCAAGGACUUGUUCAUGAGCCCGUGGAGGACGUAAACUUCAGCAUGGCGACUGAUUUCUGCGCGAAUAAUCAAAUAAACCCAUUUUUUCAAAGCAAUCACCAGAAUGAAACUACGAGUCAAUUACCUGGGGUGCAAGUUACCCACCCAUCAUCUCAGCUGAUGACCAACAUGGGAAGGUCUAUUAGCGGGUCACAUUUUAACAAUCCGAUGAUUCGAGACCAGGGCGAAACGAGUAACACAGGAGAGUUACGUACAAGUCAAGCAUCUGCACAAGAGAGACAACCUAACUCGACGAUAUUUCCACAUCCGAACGACUUCACAGUAUCUGAUAUGGGACCGUAUCUACGAGACAUCUUAGCUCAAGAAGAAGCGAUGCAGAACAUGAAAUGCAUACGUCAGUUUCAGACCAACGGAGAAUGUUAUUGUAAUCAAUGCUUCAACAACACCAAUGGUUCGCUGCCUCCUGAUUCGUAGAUAUGAUUCUGUAUAUCAUUAGAGAUUUGCUUCACCUUUCUCUGCUUCAUCUUCCCUAUAAGUUUUUCCUACGUUUUGUCUUUUUUUUCUAGUUUUUUUUUAGUACCCCUUUGCACAAAGUGUGGAACUUGAGGACUCUGUUUGGUUAAACACUU